UUUGUUGCAGGUCCCUUAGGCCGAAAGUUAAUUUCGCUGGGAUCGGAGGAGCAUGCGCCUCGAUGUUUAAGAAAAGUAGUAAAGGUCGAUGCGUGCUAGUGAUCAAGGCCCGCGGUUGGAAGCGCGUGCCCAUGAAGCUGCUCAAGUGGGGCCGCAAGAUGCCGUCCACCAAGCAGUACAACCCGGUGCCGAACGACGAGUACGACACCCGUAUCCCUCUGCACCCGGACGAGGCCUUCACCUACGGCAUCAAGUUCCAAGCCAAGUACAUUGGGACCAUGGAUGUGCCCCGACCUUCAAGCCGCGUUGAAAUAGUUGCCGCCAUGCGUCGUGUACGCUACGAGUUCAAAGCUAAGGGUGUAAAGAAGCGAAAAGUAACCAUUGAAGUAUCGACGGAUGGAGUCAGGGUAUCCACGCGGAAAAAGCCCAAGCCUAAAAAGAAAGGUUCGAAACUGUUCAGCCGCGGCAGCAAGAGCAGUGACGCGAGCAUCGAGAGCAUCGACAUCAUGCACCACCCCAUCUACCGCAUCUUCUACGUGUCACACGACAGCUCCGAUCUCAAGAUCUUCUCCUACAUCGCGAGGGACGGAGCCACCAACCUCUUUAAGUGCAAUGUCUUCAAAAGCAACAGAAAGAGCCAAGCCAUGCGGAUCGUGCGUACCGUGGGCCAGGCAUUCGAGGUGUGCCACAAGAUGCAGAUAAACACCCCCGAGCAAGCGGCUGCCUCCACGUCCUCCGCCGCCGACGACCUCGCCUACUCCGACCGCGCCAGCGACCAGCCGCCUACCAAAGAAGCGGUUUCCGAUUGCGGUGCUUCAGAGGCUAGCGUGGCGUCCACAUCGAAGGUGGUGGUCGAAGUGGUGCCAGAGGACAAGGAGAACACCAGGCCGACGCACUUAGAGCUGCUCCCACCUCCCCCCAGGAAGACUGAACGUCGGACAACACCCCAGCGACCGCCGGCGCCGACGCCGGUCGCCGUGGUGAACCUGCCAUGGCCAGAGGCUGCGGAGCCGGACCCGGCGCCGCCCGACGCGGGCACGCCGCCGGCCGCGCCGCUCAGCGCGCAGCACCGAGUGCAGCUGCUAGAGGAACGGCUCGAGAAUCAAACGCAGCAGACUCGCGCGGCCGUCGCGCAGCUAUUCCUUCUGCGCGAUCAACUCGCCGCCGAACAAUCCGCGCGAUGCGAAGCUCAAGCGCGCACCCACCAGCUGUUGGCUCACAACAAGGAACUGCUAGAGCAUAUCGCGGCGCUCGUCGCGCACCUGCAGGAGCGCGAGCGCGGCUCCUCCAAGCCGAUCAACGCGCAGCAACUCACUCUGUUGCCGCAGUUGUCUUCGAGUGCAAAGAUAGACCGUUGGUUCUCGCUGCUGCCGUCCACACCGGCGCUCUCCCGGCCCGAGAGCGGCUUCGUAUCAGGUGUGGACGACGUGGAGCCGGCCACCCUCGCCGAGGCCAGGAAGCUCCUCCUGCAACUGGGCGCCAAGAAGAAACGACGCUUCCCUUUACGCUUUACUAGAAGAAAAAUCCUAGUUAACAAACAUACCCUCUUAUAAUACAUUAAUGUACUUAUAAAACCACUAUUAAGUGAUAUCUUAUUAAACACGCAAUUCAAUUUGGGGUGCUUAACCUUUUCGACGCCGCGUCAAACACAAAAGCUGUCACUCGGACGCCACGUCACAGAAGUGUCAGAACUGAAAUUGAACUUUAUGCUGCACGUACUUAGUUGCUCUGUAGUCUGUGACCGAUUAAUCCGUCUUUGGCGUUGGACCUGCGGUGCGGAUAUAUGUCAUUGGCGUCCAAAAGGUUAAAAUCAAAUCAUAUCAAUAUAUGUGGCAAAUCGCACAAUGCAAUGUAGUGUGUGUUUUUAGUUCUAAAAUGAGUGAUAUUAACAUUUCAAAUAGGACGGUAUGGUCAAUCACAUUGAAUUCCUGGCCAAUUUUUGAGGCCACUAUCUAUAUGGUCACGGUGACAAUUUUAUUUUUAAUAUAAAGGCCGUGAAGGAAAUUACGACUUUAUUAAAAACUGGUUGGAAUUUAAUUUGAUUGACUAGAUACUCGCAUAAUUUGUUGGAAAUAUCAACAAAAUGUGUAAUGGAACAACAAAGAACACAAGAUUAUCGAUAGGAGUGUGAUCUCGGUUCCUUUUAGGAGAAGUAUGUCAGUAAAUAAAGAUUUAGGUUUUAAGGAACAAGUUUUGAUCGGGUAAGUAGAUUGUACUUGAAACGAGUUGAAACGACCCUAUAAUAUGGAGAGACAAAAAAGGACCUGUUAUGCCUACAUGAGUACACGUACUUGCGUAUGUACGACUGUACGUACGUUAUAAUUAUAAAUUAUAACUUAUAAUGCAUUAUACGCCAGAAAAGUAUUAACUAUUAUAUCAUUAGGGUCACUCCUUCUUUUGAAACGUAUUUCAUAUAGGUACAUUUCGUCGGGUGACAAGCAAAAGUCACUAAGUACUAUCAAAAAAUUAGAGUAAUAAUGCACUUUAUUACACUUGUAACACGGUUACAGUCCAAUAAUUUCAAUGGUGUUAGUUAAUGACUUUUGCUUGUCACCCGAUGAUUUUCUCGAAUUACUUAACUCUACUACUGUCAUGAAUGUUUUUAAUAGGUAAGUAUAGUUUUUUGAUAAAUUACAAUCGCCUGGAUCGCUUCGGGAAAAGGGUGUUACAGCCGUGCCUCUUUAUUUUGCUCGACUUGGCGGGGCCCCCAGAAAUGUUCUAUUAGUAAUAAGGUGUGAAGUCAAAUUAUUAUGAGAGAAAAAGGUACUUAGGUAUUUUAAAAGAUAAGCCAUGCAAUCUAUCUUUAUCUAUCUUAUCGUAUCUUUUAAAAUACAAAAGCUGGAUGCAAUAAAAAAAAAUUAACCUCAUGUUCAUACCUCGUGUUUACUAAACUCAUUGGCAAUAGACAGACCUACUUCUACUUAUUAUAAUGCGGUAUUAUUACUAUUUGGUUUUAUAUUAUGAAUUCAAAGUUUGCACGUAAGUAAGUAUAAUGUAUAACACUUUGUAUAAUAACCUUCGAAAUCUAAACAAAAACCGGGCAGUUUUAGGAUGUCAUAAAAAGAGUAAGUAAUUGCCUACUUACCUACUUACACAUUUACUGUAAUUUAUAUUAAUUAAAUAUAGAAUGAUUUUAAAAUAAUAAAAAGUAAGUAAAGUUAUUGUAAUUGUGAUAACUACCGGUACACCGGUAGUACAUAGAUAUACCUAGGUACCUAUUAUUUUAUGGUCAAUAGGUACCUAAAGUAUUAAAUCAAUAUUAUAAGUAGAGAAUCGUAUAUAAGUCUUAAUUUUAUUACUUUUCAAGACUUCAACAGACGUGAUCUUGUAUUGUAAUGAUACUGUGCAGUAUUAAUUCAGUUAUGCAAUUUGCUGUAUAAGUAAUUAACUAUAGCUAUGCCCUUUCUUUUUAUUUUUGAUUAAUAUAAGAAUUAGGAGCGAAAUACAAAUUCCAUACAAUUUUUUAAAUAUUCCCAACUCUUAUAAUAAUUAAAAAUUCGAAAAAAAAUACAAACGAAGGGGCAUAGUGUUAAUAUCCAGAGAGGGAAAUGGCGACUACGUUUGUAUGGAAAGGCGGUUUAGGGACGGUUGGCCACUUUCGUCAUAAAAUAUAUUUUCAUUUUAUUUGCCCAAGUACAUCAUCAGGUUUUUAUGGCAGAUUAUGAGCGUUAGUUACAUUUAAACAAUUCGGUCUUGGCUUUACUAAGUUUUAGAAUUGUAUUAUGUAUUCUAUAUAAAAUACCAAGUAUUAACGGCUUUGGGCACAAGCUAGGAAUUACUGUAGAUUUUUAAGUAGGUAACAUAACUAAAAACUAAUAAUAGUUUUUAAUGCAUUCAGAACAAUGUCGACUUUAUUAAUUUUAUUGGCAAAUUAGACUAAUUUAUGGACUUAUUAUGAUGCAUUUUAAAUUAUAAUUAAUAGGUAGGGUAGGUAAAUACAUAGGUAGGAUAGUAAUAUCUAUAGCUAAAUUAGUUUGUAUUGCAUACAGCGACCAAAUACUUAAACUUUGGAGGUACUAUUUGCUGGUGAUAGUAUUUGUUACAUUUGAUAAGAGUGAUGUGUUCAUGCAAUAUAGAAAAGGUACUUAGCUAGAAUAUUCGUUACAUGCUUAAUAUAAAAUACGAAUCGUACAUUCCUUUUGAUCGUCUUCUGAAUACAUUAAUGUAUACACUAACUACCUACAUAAUACAUAUAUACACGUGCCAUAAUUAUACUAAAAAAACAUAUUUAGGGAACUGCUAAUAAUGCUACAUAUUGGUGUACCUAUUUGAUUAGUACCUACCUAAUAGAUAGACUUGAAUUUUGAUGACGGUAUGUUAGUUUCUCGCAACCUUGCUAAAAAUAUUAGGGCUAUUUUGAUUAAGUGUGUUAGCUACAAGAGAAGAAAGCUUAUUAAUUUCUUAAUAUCUAAGGUAAAGUAAAGGUGACUGAGUAUUUCACCAAAAGUUAUUAGUGACGAAAUUAUGCAAUAUACAGUCACCACACGGGAUUGUUAUGCCAUUUAGGGAUCUUGCUAAAUUGGAAAUUAUAUAACGUAAGUAUAUAAGCUAGGACCCUAAAUGGCGCAACAAUUGCGGAUCGUGAUGGUACCUAUGCAUUUUCGAAACGAGGACGUUUCUAAUGUGGCGUGAUGGCAUCCAACCUAUACAUAUACAUCAUUUAUAGAAUUAUACAAUGUAUAGGUAAGUUUCAAUGUUGACAGGUCUCAUUCAUAGACAUUCGUAGAGCACUUUAAAGACUCGAACCUGAUAUUACCAUGUAAUACAUAUAUAAUCAUAUUUGUAAGAUCAUUCAAGUCUAUGUUGAGAUGUUGGCAUAUAAUACAGUAUGUAUUAAGUACACAUUUACGUAAAAUCAGGUUACUUUAGUCCACAAGUUCCACUCCACAACGGACAACUAUAGUCCAAGUUCAAGUUCCAGUAAAAUAUGAAUAAAUAUAAUAUCUAAGCAAAAUAAAUGUAACGUGUACAAAUCAAAAAGGCUCUUUGAUAAUUAACGUUAAAAACCAUGGACCAUAGUUAUAUUACAGGACUAUAGUUCCCUGAUUUUGCCGUACCUUCAUCUUGUAAAUUAAGGCCCCUUUCAAGACAUAUGCGAAAUAUAAAAAUUGGUUCGCAAUUAGUAGGUACUAUUCGGCUUAACAGACGAUGAUAUGUUGUUCGAAGAACAUGUAUCCUAAAGUAUAAAGGUGGCCACUGACGAGCCUUCCCACAGUCCAAAUAGCGUGGCUGCAAUCCAAAAUCGGUCCGUGAAUGACAAAAACGUACAAUAUUUAAUAUUAGGAUGCCUUCCAUUUGGAUGAAUCCAUUGUAACGGCAUCCAUUUGGAAGGCUCGUCAGUGGUCUGCUUAAUGUGCAAGGUGCGUUUUGGUGCACAUCAUCUAGGUAGGUAAAGAAAUUUCGUGUACUUUUACUGUAACACGUAGGUAGGUAAACAGAGAUGUGAACUGACUGAUUAAAUGAUAUAUUUAUGUGUUCUUUUGAUAUUGUUUUGUUAAGAUAGAAUAAAAUUACUACAUGCAUUA